AUGUGGCUUCUGUGGUUUCUGCUCAUUGUCGAGCUGCACUGUGGACUCGCGCUGUACGAGCAAUGCAACCAUCAGAUGGAGCUGCGGCCUGGCCAGAAAGUGUACAUUAACUCCCCUUAUUAUCCGGGUGAGUACCCAGCGGGCACUUCCUGCCGCUAUACGGUGAAAGCGCCAACGGAUUAUGUGCUCAGCUUCAAGUGCGAGCUGCAGCUGAGAACGGCCGUGACGGACACAAAUUGUGAAAAGGAGGUGUUUCACUUCAAUGCCGAGGGUGACGAGUUGCUGACGCGUUCCGAGUUUUUUUGCGGCAGCGGCAAAGUCGAGCGUCAAAGUUUUCUGAAUCGCGCUGUGAUUUCCUAUAUUUCACAGCGUGGUGUGCUCCCAAAGUUCAGGGAUAAGCUCAAGGCACAAUUCAGCAUCAGCAGCAACAGCAACAGCACUACCUCAACAACAACAACAACAACAACAACUCCAGCACCUCUGACUGAGUCUGAGAGUUUAACGGACUCGGUGCUGCACGUGCUGGAGGAUGUGGGCGUAAGUGACGCCUUGGCUUAUAUGGCUGCGCUACUUUAUAACGAACCAGAUGCUGGUGCUCAGUCUCAGGCAAUUGCGAGCACAACUUACUUGGAACAAUUGCCCAACAGCUACGCAUGGCGUCCGGCAAAAAGUGCCGUGGCUUCCGUUAAACGUGCCAAGAUUGUGACUUCCUUAGUUGGCUAUCCAGCGGGUGUGCCCGGAGGUGGUCGCUUCACCUGCUUGGUUGAGGCGCUGGCGCCCAUCUGCGAGUGCGGCUGGAGCAUGACGCUGAAAAUUGCCAGUCCUGUGGACAGUGAGGCGGCCCUCAAUGAGUUCCCAUCCAUGGCAGGUGUGCUGACUAAGCGGCAGGGCAAGAUCUUUUGUGGAGCCGCCAUAAUACACCAGCGGUAUUUGAUUUCCGGAGCGCAUUGUUUUCUCACCCCUGAGACGGGCAGCGCCUCCUUGUUGCGUGUGGUUGUGGGCGAGCACGAUUUGUCCAGCCUUUACGAAUCUCUGUAUACACAACACUAUGACCUGGACGCUCUGAUUCCACAUGAGAAAUUCAGUCGCACCAAUGGCCAGAUACGGAAUGAUAUAGCGCUGUUGCGCACCCGCUUGCCCAUGAUCUGGAGUCGGAGUGUAGGCCCAGCUUGUCUGCCACUGCGUCCAGUGGACGGCAAGAAGCUGCCCCAUGUGGGGCAACAGGUGGUAGCAGCCGGCUGGGGAACCACCUCGUUUGGUGGUCCACAAUCUCAGCGGUUGUUGAAGACCACGCUUGAUGUCAUCGACGUCGCCCAGUGUCGUCGUUUGUUGGGCGCGCCGGCACACACCUUCUGCACAUACACCCCAGGCAAGGACACCUGCCAGUACGACUCUGGGGGGGCUCUGUAUGAGCGCAGCAGUGGACGCCUCGUGGCAGUGGGAAUUGUUAGCUAUGGCUAUGCGUGCGCCACAGAACAGCCUUCAGUCAAUACACGCGUGGCUUCUUUUGUGAAAUGGAUUCGCGCCAAGACUCCCGAGGUGAAGUAUUGUGUGAGAUGAAGGCCUGUACAGGAUCCAUGGUGGCU